AUGACGGCUCCCAAUCCAGACGAUGACGUCACGCGCUUAGAGAGUCUCCGCGGUCUGGACGAGGGUGAGCUUGAGGUUCUGGAGAUGCCAUCGCCACCUUCGACUUCCGAUGACUUCCAGCAACUGGGACCACUAGACGAUGACGACGAGCGGCUCGGCGGUUCCGAUGGGCGAUACUCCGACAGUCCGGGAAUGGUGCGGCAGGCGGGCAGGUCGGCAAUUCCCACGAAGGACCUGUACGGAUUCAAGACCAUGAUCAUCGUUCACUCGGAUAGCAUCCACGGCAUCGGAGUGGCGGUUUGUAGAUGCCCUGGUGCGCCUACAGUUGACCAACAGCUGUUGAGAUAUGGUGGCCUGUUUCCUGCAUCGCCCGACGAUCCAUCUACGGCGUUCACGCUGCAGGGGCUUGAGCAUCGUGCCGUGGAUGAUGUAGUCUGUAAGACUUCCGCCCAGUCCUAUAUGCGCAAACUGCGUCGCUGUACAGAGCCCCAAGAACCGCGUCUAGCACCCAACCGUUAUCACGAGCUGAAUCUGGUUUCAAGACAGUACACUGCCGUCCAGAAUAUCAUCGACUUUGGGUUUGCUACUCAAACGCUUGAGGAUUGGGCAGAUCCUCCAUCUGGAGGUCUCGUCUGGAAGUGUGUAGUGUGUCCUCGUAAGACCGCCGACUUCAACAAUCUCCCCCGGAAGUGGGAAGUCGAUCCGGAAGAAUGGAGAUUAUUCGUCUCGAUGUGCUACGAUGGCAACUUCAGCGGCGAUCAUACUAUCUCUCGUUGUCCUGGCAAUAACGUACCUUUCUUUCCUGGGACCGGAUUUUUCAACCACCCAGACACGGUCGAAGAGCAUAUGAAACAUGCCGUGGAUGAUAAGGCCUUAAAACGUAUCAUUCCUGACCUCGACAAAGAAGACCGACCUUGCCAUCAGCACAAGGCCGCCGCUACUGUCGGUAAGAACAAAAGUAGGGUGGUGGACAUCAAAGGCAUUGGAUCUUGGGCCUGCUCACGGCACGGAUGCUUAUGUGCCAAUGGCACAAAUAACUUCGAUCUUGGUGAAGCAGCACAUCCCGUGGACCUCAGUCUGUCUACAGCAUUCGAGCAUACCAUCACGAAACAAAUCCGCCGUGUGCAGCUUCUCUACGAUAUCUGGUGCCGGUAUGGAGUUCAUCUUCGCAAACGCUUCCAAUACAGUGGCCUAGAAUGGCCUGAGUUCCGCGAACUCUUGCAAGGAGUGGGCGUGUGGCACAUAUACGGUCAUGUUUUUGAGUGCUACCGGCGCUUCGCGCCCAUCUAUUCGCCUCGCGCUGGCAUCGUGGAUGGCGAGAUUCUCGAGACUCUGUGGGCCUUGCUUAACUCCAUCUUGCAAUCGUGCAGAGGGAUGUCAUUGGCAGCCCGAGAGGAGAAGAUUAACAUGCAUAUGAACGAUGUCAAUCACGGGAAAAUCAUCAGAAUGGUCGAAACCCUUGUCCGGAAGCACCGAAAAUUCUCACAGGAGCUGCAUGAGCGCAAUCUACAUUGUCAACGGCUGGCGUUGUCUUGCGACGAGGGCGACAUGGAGCGCUGGGAAAGAGAGAGAGUCAAGAUGGAGGUUCAGCGCAUGCGAGAUCCAUACUCUGCUGACGACUUUUGGCCAGAUAUCGUCGAUCAAGGCCCCGAACCAAAGGACACCGAGGCCCGACUAAUCGAGGAAGAGAAUCGAAGUGAUAGAGAUACAGCAGUUGUCAGUGUUGUUGUAGCCAGUCUCGGGCUCGAAGAAGAAGCGUUGAAGAUGCAGUCUCGUGGUGACCGCUGGGGAACGUCUGCUAACGACCGUCGUACUGCUGCCAUUGCCCGGUCGCGCUUCAACAACCGUCGUCAGAAGGCCAAUCGCGAUAUGGCUGUUGCUUUGGGCGACGUUCCAGAUAGCGACUUGCUGGUAUCAAGGCUAUCCAAGCUCCUUCCCGAAGACGAAUGGGAUGACGAGAAUCUGGUGGCCCAUCCGUACAAUCUCCGACCUUUUGCGGAAUAUAGACCAGUCGACUUGCCGUCGGCUCGCCCGGAAGUGGGACGGCGGAAAGAAGGAACCACCGAUGCGGAGAGGCGGGCCGUGAAUGCAGAGCUCGAACUACGGAUUGCAAGACUUGACUUUCGCAUUCGCAAGAUCAUGGAAGGCGCUGUCGACCAGGCGCAAUCUUACCGCCUGCAAUUGCGCCAGAACAAGAGCAAGGGCAAAAACUCUAAUAACUACCUCGCUAGAAAACGGGCCUGGUUGCACACGCGCGAGCAGAACAAGGACGUAAGAGUGCAUGCUGCGAUGUACAAUCACGGGGUCCAGCGCUUGGCAAGGCUGUUCUGGGAGGAUGAUGAAGAAUCGCAGCAGCGAAAGGCGGCCUUGUUAGCCAAAUACCGCCCUCUGCGUCCCGAAGACAUCCAGUGCACAACCGCUACCUACGACAUGUACAACAACACACGGACGCGAGGUAAAUUCAAGUUACCGUGGUUCUGGAGGGUGGGUCGCCGGCAUCUGGACACCAUGGAAGUUGACGACGCGCCCGAGGAAGUGGAUGACGAGACGUUCAUCGGCGAUUUUUUCAGAACUCGAUGGAUCAACGCGCGAUGCUCCUACGUUCGCUGCGAAGAAGAGGUAUAUAUGCUGGAGGGAGAGAUGCAGACCUGCUUCCUUGGCUACUCUGCUCUUGCCAACGCCUGGAAGGGUCGACACGUUAAGUUGCCUGCAGUUCCAAUGGAGGGAGUCGAUCAAUACGCGGGGCUACGUGCUCAUGCUCUGGAGAUGAUGCAUGCAUGGCUGGAUCUGGCGGCGAAGGCUAAGACUGCAUUCAAUGCCGAAGUGGAAAAUAUUAUUUCAUCUGAUUUGUAG